ACAGGGGCUGCCGCUGCUGUUAUCACACUAUAAUGCGAUAAUACCACGAUGUAGUUCUUGCUUCUUGAAGAUUGGUAGAACCUGAUCAAGAACUAGGAAGAAGUACGUAGUCAUUCGGUCAUUUCGAAAUUCUUCCGUUUGAACAUGACGAACAAGCUAAAGCGGAUUUCCUCUGUCCACGUGAUUUAUGUUGUCGGUUCGUCCGUCUCUGUUACUGUCUAGGAUUUGACUACAAGAUGAUUUCAUUCCGCCGUGAGAUCUCGACUGCGCGUUGCGGCCGUUGCUGAACCUUUCUAAACCGACACCUCCGGAAGGGGACGAGCACACGGUUUUACUUGCGGCGUUGUCCGUUUCGUUUCUCCGAUGCGUUGCUGCUAAACGGUUGCUUUUUGCUCUGCGUUGCUGCGGCGUUGUCCGUUUCGUUUCUCCGCCGAAAAACCGAAACCAACCAGGGCGGUCUGUUUACCCCCCAAAUUGUGCAGUAGCACCCGUGUUUCUUCUGCUUGGACCUGUUCUCCCUUCUUCCGCUGUUUCGUCAAUUCCUGCUACCAGACGCUAUGAUGGAUGCGAACGAAAUUACGAUAAAGCUUCAUGCGGUGGCGAAGGACAAGAAGGGCAGGACCACCAUGGCGUGGGGGAAGGUGCAGCAGCAACAGACGUUUUCCGAGUAUUGCGCCGCGAAGAAUGUGGACAAGGGCUCCAAAUUAGCAAUGGACGCAGCGGCUGUUGAGUACGAGGGUCCGGACAUCUACGCCCACACAUUUCAGUGCGAAGGAAUGCGCCACAUGGAGUGGUCUACGGGUUACGUGUGUGUAGUAUUGUCGUAUGUGAGUAGCCUUGCGCUCGCUUGUCUUCGUCGCCGUAUCGACAGAAGAAGAAAGCGGUGCGUAUUUGUACCUAAGACUGUUCAGUUUGCUCCUGCAGCUCGACGCUAGAGGAGAAGCAAAAGCUGAGAUCUGAAUGCAAUGGAUGCAAGUAGACAAAGAGAAAGAUCAUGUCUUAGCGCGGCCCAGGAGCAUGAUCCUGAAACAAAAGAGCGACGCUCGUGAAGAUCAAAAGCAGACGCUCCUUCCUGUCGCUGUUAUUGCCAUUCCUGUGUGAGAACUGCAUCACGAAAAGGCAACAACAAAACUGGAAAGAUCAUUUGCGUGCAAAUUCAAUCCAGAUGAGGCUUCGGUUGCAUUUUAUUCAGUGUCGCGCACAGUCAUCGCAGAGGAAAUGAUUGCAGAAGUGCAAUUGUACUUAACGCCUUCGCCAAGUAGAAGCAGCCGCGCAGUUUCGAUCUCUGUGAUCUGAUUCGGAAAGGGGUUGAGGUGAUCAGCGAACGAUCAAAAAAAGAUCCGCAUGAAAUUUCUGUCGUGGUCGUUGUUACAUUUUGCAGCCUAUUUAUUUUGCCAAGUAAAGUAUUUGUACGAGCACGAGGGCGCACCAGCAGGCACGCACGCACCUACAGCAGAACGGCAACAAUCAUGAUGACAACGAGAAGUGGCAUUGUUACAUUUUGCAGCUUAAAUGGCCGGUGGACUCUCUGGUUGAACGUGGUGGAACGGAAUGAGUUCUCGGAAAAUAGCGGGUUUUGAACUUUCUCGACGUGGUGCCUACUGGUGGUUAAACAUCCUAUAUCCAAGAAAAAAAAUGUGUCCGUGUAAGUCUUUUGGGAUGAAAACAGCAUCACAAGUUCGUCUGCCAUGACUAGAAAAAGUUGUUAUGCACAGAUAGUAAGGGAAAACACAUAGGAAGCGAGCCGAUCAGGCAUGUCGAGCAUGACAAGUAUAAGUAACUGUUUUGCAUUUUCUGCAUCACACAUUCACACUUUAUACACAGUUUUUUUCUUGUAUAUCCCACUUUGGAAGGCUCUACUCCUACGUUCGGGGAGGAAAAGUAAGUAAACCAAUCGAAUCUACUUCGCAGAGAUCGGUGGCACCGCGGUGCAGAUACGAAAGAAAACGAAUCUGCAGGAGGUCGAUGAUCUUCAUUCGAUUAUAUGCAAGUCACCAGUGAAGAAGUACUCUAGCUGGCAAACUUACAUAAUACUUAGUGGAGUAACAAGAAAGGUUUUUUUUAACUUGGAAUGAACUUACUAGUGAAGAACCCGGAGUAGUAGAGCAGCCCUAGCAAAAU